AUUAUUUAUUAAAAAUGAAUGACCAUAUACAAUCAUUACCAAUUAAUUCGACAUUCCCAUUUAAAAUUCCCUUUCCUCCUCCCAUCGAAGAAAGUGAGCUAAAGCCUAAUUUAAAAAAAGGCAAGUUACCAGUAAGAGCCACUAACCAGUUUUUGCUGUACCGGACGGCAGUGAUCAAAACAUUGCGUGAAAAUGGUGUCCAGGACAUCAACAUGAGGACUAUCUCAAAAAUGGCAUCUCAAUUAUGGAAUCUCGAACCUGCUUUUGUACAGCAAGAGUAUAAAAGCUUGGCACUCAAGGCCAAAGGAUUACAUCAAAAGACGGCUAAAGUAUUGACUUCUUUCGAUAUGAAGGAAACUAUAUCACAGCGGCCUCUCGCUCCUAUGCCGGAAUCAACUGAGAGCAAUGUUAUUGAUGAUACUUCUUCUACCGACACAAAUGAAGUAUCAGAUAUCACACAAGAGUCCCAAUAUAUAUCAAAUUUUGAUAUAUAUAAUAAUACUUUUUAUCAACCUCCGACAUAUUAUCAUCCCCUAAUACUCCCGCAACAAACAUACUAUAUUCAAGAGGAUCCGAAUAAUUUACCUCUAUUUUAUUCAGAGAAUUGUGAAUAUCAUUUCGGAUAUUUUCAAUAAUUAUAAUUAUUAU